AUGGAGACUGUAUCAGGAUUCGUGCACAUCAUUUAUGAAGAAGAAAAUGAUAACCCUAAUAUUCAUCUCCUGGGAGACAAUGACACAUACAGCCAUAAUAAUUUGGAGUAUCAAGACAGUAAAAGUUCAGAAAAACAUCCUAGUUUUACAGGAGCCACAUUUCCUGGAAAAAUAUGUAAUAAGAAUUUUGCUGCAGGAGUCGCUCUGUAUCCAGAGGGUUUAUCCUUGGAGUCAUACACUAUCAGCAUCGUACAGUUGCUUGGCUUUAAUGUGGAAUUAAGUUUUGACGAUUCUGACACUUGUUAUUGUUCAGUAGAUGUUUGCACAAUGUCACCAGAAGCACUGCAAUCUGGGGGUGUCAAGGAUUUUAGCACCUGUAGCUUAGAUGACUCUAAAUAUUUUGCUUCACAUUCUGGCCUUGGAUGUAUUCAUCACAUUCUUCCUGAUAUACCAGUUUAUCAACAAAAACCAAGGAGCAUAUGUGGCAAUGGAAUAUUGGAAGAGGGAGAACAAUGUGAUUGUGGAAAUGUAGAAAAUUGUACGUAUAAAGACUGCUGUGACCCUGCAGAGUGUGUACUGAAGUCGACAAAGACUGGUUCUGGGGAAUGCUGCGCAAAAGAUUGCAAGUUAAUGCCACUUUGUAAAAUGUGUAGGAAAUCAUUUGAUGAAGACUGUGACUUCCCUGAAUAUUGCAGUGGGGUUUCCUCGUACUGUGUGCCUGACACACACGCAUGCAAUGGACAAACUUGUGAUUCGGGUGAUUCCUUCUGUUACAUGGGAUGAUGUCGGAUAUUUACCGAACAGUGUAGAAAUUUAAUUGGAGGAGGUUGUUUCCCUAUGUUUGCUGUUGUGGAUGCUGCUGCAGUGGACGUGGGAGUGCGGAGGUCCUGA